ACGCCCCCGGAGCCCGGCCCACCGGUCCCCACGCUGGACAUCGGGCUGGACUCGUGCGUCAUCCCGCUGCGGCACGGCGGCCUGUCGCUGGUGCAGACCACCGACUUCUUUUACCCGCUGGUGGAGGACCCCUACAUGAUGGGGCGCAUCGCCUGUGCCAACGUGCUGAGCGACCUGUACGCCAUGGGCAUCACCGAGUGUGACAACAUGCUGAUGCUGCUCAGCGUCAGCCAGACCAUGCCCGAGGAGGACCGCGAGAAGGUGACGCCCCUCAUGAUCCAAGGCUUCCGCGACGCCGCCGAGGAAGGCGGCACGGCCGUGACCGGUGGCCAGACGGUGAUCAACCCCUGGAUCAUCAUCGGCGGCGUGGCCACCGUGGUGUGUCAGCCCAACGAGUUCAUCAUGCCCGACAGCGCGGUGGUUGGAGACGUGCUCGUGCUCACCAAGCCCCUGGGGACCCAGGUGGCCGUCAACGCCCACCAGUGGCUGGACAAUCCCGACAGGUGGAACAAGAUCAGGAUGGUGGUCACCAGGGAAGAGGUGGAGCUGGCCUAUCAGGAAGCCAUGUUCAACAUGGCCACCCUCAACCGAAUCGCCGCGGGCCUCAUGCACACGUUUAAUGCGCACGCGGCCACAGACAUCACGGGCUUUGGGCUCCUAGGGCACGCGCAGAACCUUGCCAAACAGCAGAGGAACGAGGUGUCCUUUGUCAUUCACAACCUGCCCAUCAUCGCCAAGAUGGCAGCCGUUAGCAAGGCCAGCGGCAGAUUUGGGCUUCUCCAGGGGACUUCCGCAGAAACCUCGGGAGGACUGCUGAUCUGCCUCCCGAGGGAGCAGGCAGCCCGCUUUUGUUCCGAAAUCAAAUCUUCCAAGUACGGCGAAGGCCAUCAAGCCUGGAUCGUGGGCAUCGUGGAAAAGGGAAACCGGACGGCCCGGAUUAUUGACAAGCCUCGAGUGAUCGAAGUCCUACCUCUGGGGGCCACGGCGACUGCCCUCGCUCCUGACAAUUUCAACACCACCUCGGAGCCAGCCUUAUGAGAUGGGAGAGCCGAAGGCAGGUGGCCCCUGGAGCCUUGGUACGCAAAGAAGAACACCUUUCCACAGGCUGCCUGCGUCUGCAUAGCGGGCCCAGCCACCCUCCAUCAGAGGUGAAUCACUUCAUCAGAACCAGCUGUGGGGUACAUGCCAAGGCCAGGAGUAACCUGCGGGAGUCUGAGGGGGGUAGUUUUCUGUCAUCUCGUGGGUAGGAGAGGCACCUCUGCUUCCUCUUUUCCAAGCGCAAGAUGAGGCUGCUUUAAAGGAUUUUUUUUUUUCUUCUCUUUGCACUGGGUUGAUUCAUUGCCGCAUAAGGAAUGAGAUUAUUUAUUAAAAGUAAAUUAUAUGCACACACACAAAGUCAAUUGCAAAGUGAAACAAACAAACAAAUGCAAAUAAGCUUGGAUCAAUAUUUUGAUACAGUUAAAUUGAUCAGAGAGAGAACUUUAUGCACGGUCCAGGCCUUUAUUAGACAUUCCUGAAGAACAAGCGAGCGCCUUCCUGCUCUGGACAAGAAUUGAGCAGCUUGUCCACUGUCUGGGAAAGGUGGAUCCGGAACCAUCUGACGUGGUCUCUGUUAAUGAUGUUUCUCCCUCAAAACCCCGUGAAGGACCGGGAGAGACGGAGCAAAUGCCAGAGCCCAGGCCUUGGUGGUCAUUUGUCAUUCAGGUGUUAAAUCGUGUGCCGACAAUGAAUUCUUGGGUGAUUUUAUCAAUUAAAUUUUUAAAAAGCAAAAGGAAAUAAAGCUUGGUUGAAGAGA